CUUAGUUCCCCAGCCAGGGAUUGAACCCAUGCUCCCUGCAUUGGAAGCUCAGAGUCUUAACCAUUGGAACACCAGGGGAUUCCCCUAUGUUGCUCUAAUUAUAAUGAGAUGCUAAUAGGAUAUUAUGAAAUAAAUAAUAUUCUUAGGAGGACCAUCCUGAGACUGGCCUUGGGCCUGAUGGAGGGAGACGAAAGAAAGUGCUUGACAAGACCCUUUGAGGGAGCAAGUGGACUCAACCAUAGGAAGUGACAUGGCUCAACAAAUGCCAGUGUGUAUUCUGUUUGCCUGGGAAAACCAUGUUCCCAUCAACAGUCUCUCAUUUCAUGAUCUAGAAACUGCAGCCUCAGUGAAUCUCUUCUUCUUUUCUAUCUAAUAUGACCAUUAUCACCCUAGCAAGGUAAACUUUAAGUCUAGAAAAAUAAAUGAAACCCAAAGCCAUGCUGUUUUUGAAGUGGAUUUAAAUGUGGGUGUAACUAACUUUUAGAGUCACUGUAACUCUUAGAUAUGUUUUCAUUCAAGAGAAUUCUCCAUAUAAAGCUUGCAGUGUUAUUGAAAUGCUUAAAAGACCUUUGACUAAAUUUGAAGUCAGCCUGUAGAUAGCCAAGGAAACUGGUUCAUGAAAUGUGUAGUUUGGCUUAUUAGUUGCAUAAUAGUAUUUAAAUAUUUGGGAAAAUGUGCUUAAUCAAUGUAAAAGCUUAGUAACCUGAACAUUAAACAAAAGUAAGUAGUGGUUAAGUGUUUUUUCUAUGCCAAAAGGCCCUGAGGUGUGAAAGAUCCUAGCAACAGACAAGACAUGUAUUAUCCAGCAGAUUUAACUGACUGUACCUUGGAGCAAAAAGGCAUGAGAUCUGGUUAUUACUAUUGAAAACAAAAUCCAAACUAAUAUGCUUAGCAGGAAAACCCAGUUGGCAGCUGCAGGGGUUGCCUUUUAUGAUCGUGUCUUUUGACAAGGAUUAUUGUAUUAAUAUAAGUUGUGGCUUGAUCAGGCUUAAAUUGUGGGCAAAUAUUUUUCCAUGUUCACUUCUCUAGAAUAAGCCCAAGGUCUGUUCCCAUAAACCAUUUCUGAGGUCAGGUUUUUAAAUGAGGGGAACGGAGAGGUGAGGAUUUUAGAAAAAGAGUAGGCCAAGCAAGCUGGCCGAUUACAAGACUUUUAAGGAAAGGAAAGAUUAACAUUUGAUUUUAUGUUGUGUUAUGCUAAACUCUUUGAUCUCCCCUAAAGGUUCCUUAACGUUGCCAUAUAAAUAAACAGACAUUUCUGAGGUCUGAACAGUUUCAUUUCAUAGAGCUAUCAUGAAAGAACAAGUAUUGUCGAUGCCUAUGUAAUAUAAUUAAUGGAUAUCCCCCAUUCUUCUUAUUGCCAACAGCCACCAAGGUUCAGCUAUUUUCUGGAAUAGUCAGUUUGACUUGUCACUUGGCUGGCUGAUCUAAUAUCCUCUGCGGAUUCUCUGAGGACUUAUGAGCUAAUAAUGCUUAGGGAUUUCGUGUCCUGAAGAACUCUUUAAUCCCAUGCUUCCCGAAUCCCACUCUAAGCCAGGGCCUUCUGUCACAUCUCAAGAGUUACAGACCAGAACAGCACGCCACGCCAUGGGUGAGAUCAGCCAAGAGACGGUGGAGAAAUACCUGGAGGACAACCCUCAGUUCGCCAAGGAGUAUUUCAACAGGAAGUUGCAGGCGGAGGCGCCCAGCGGCGGGGCACAGGCCCCGGCCAGCGCCUCCUUCCCCGGCCGGACGCUGGCGGAGGAGGCAGCCCUGUACCUGGAGCUACUGGAGGUCUUGCUGGAGGAGGCGGGCAGCGUGGAGCUGGCGGUGCACAGGGCCCUGGGGAGGCUGGCGCAGCUGCUGCAGGCCGACCGCUGCAGCAUGUUCUUGUGUCGGGCCCGCAACGGCACGCCGGAGGUGGCCUCCAAGCUGCUCGACGUCACCCCCACCUCCAAGUUUGAGGACAACCUGGUGGUCCCCGACAGGGAAGCUGUGUUUCCGUUGGACGUCGGGAUAGUGGGUUGGGUUGCUCACACGAAGAAAACCUUUAAUGUUCCAGAUGUGAAAAAGAACAGCCAUUUUUCUGACUUCAUGGACAAACAAACCGGGUAUGUCACUAGGAACCUGCUGGCAACCCCCAUCGUGAUGGGCAAGGAGGUUCUUGCUGUGUUUAUGGCAGUUAACAAAGUAGAUGCAUCUGAGUUUUCCAAACAGGAUGAAGAGGUCUUUUCCAAAUACCUCAACUUUGUCUCUAUCAUCCUUAAGUUUCAUCAUACCAACUACCUGUACAAUAUUGAAUCCCGAAGAAGUCAGAUUCUUAUGUGGUCAGCCAACAAAAUAUUUGAAGAGCUCACAGAUGUUGAGCGACAGUUUCACAAAGCGCUCUACACUGUUAGAACAUACCUGAACUGCGAACGAUACUCCAUUGGGCUGCUGGAUAUGACCAAGGAGAAGGAAUUCUAUGAUGAGUGGCCAGUCAAGCUUGGAGAAGUCGAGCCUUACAAAGGUCCAAAGACACCAGAUGGCAGAGAAGUCAUCUUUUAUAAAAUCAUUGAUUACAUUUUACAUGGAAAAGAAGAGAUCAAAGUCAUUCCGACACCUCCCACGGACCACUGGACUCUCGUUAGUGGGUUGCCAACAUACGUUGCUGAAAAUGGAUUUAUCUGCAACAUGCUGAACGCCCCAGCCGAUGAAUACUUCACGUUUCAGAAAGGACCUGUAGAUGAAACUGGUUGGGUCAUUAAAAAUGUCUUGUCCCUGCCUAUUGUCAACAAAAAAGAAGACAUCGUGGGUGUAGCUACAUUUUACAACAGGAAGGAUGGAAAGCCUUUUGAUGAAUAUGAUGAGCACAUUGCUGAGACUCUCACACAGUUUCUUGGAUGGUCUCUUUUAAAUACUGACACCUAUGAGAAAAUGAAUAAGCUGGAGAACAGAAAGGACAUAGCCCAAGAAAUGCUCAUGAACCACACCAAGGCUACGCCUGAUGAAAUCAAGUCUAUUUUGAAAUUUAAAGAGAAGUUAAAUAUAGAUGUAAUUGAAGACUGUGAAGAAAAACAGCUUGUCACAAUUUUGAAGGAGGACCUGCCGGACCCACGGACCGCAGACCUGUAUGAAUUCCGCUUCAGCGACUUGCCCAUCACAGAGCACGAACUGAUUAAGUGUGGACUUCGGCUGUUUUUUGAAAUAAAUGUGGUGGAGAAAUUCAAAGUACCCGUAGAGGUUCUCACCAGAUGGAUGUACACGGUGAGGAAGGGGUACCGGGCUGUCACGUACCACAACUGGAGACAUGGGUUUAAUGUGGGGCAGACCAUGUUCACUUUGCUGAUGACAGGAAGACUGAAGAAAUACUACACAGACCUUGAAGCCUUUGCCAUGCUUGCUGCUGCCUUCUGCCAUGACAUUGACCACAGAGGCACCAAUAAUUUGUAUCAGAUGAAGUCCACUUCUCCGCUCGCAAGGCUUCACGGCUCUUCCAUCUUGGAGAGGCACCACCUGGAGUACAGUAAGACGCUCCUGCAGGAUGAGAGUUUAAACAUCUUCCAGAACCUAAAUAAACGCCAGUAUGAAACAGUUAUUCAUUUGUUUGAAGUUGCAAUAAUAGCAACUGACCUGGCUUUAUAUUUCAAGAAGAGAACCAUGUUUCAAAAAAUUGUUGAUGCCUGUGAAAAAAUGGAAACUGAAGAAGAGGCCAUCAAAUAUGUAACCAUUGAUCCAACCAAAAAAGAGAUUAUCAUGGCGAUGAUGAUGACUGCGUGUGAUCUGUCAGCUAUAACCAAGCCCUGGGAGGUACAAAGUCAGGUAGCACUCCUGGUUGCAAAUGAAUUUUGGGAACAAGGAGAUCUGGAGAGAACAGUGCUGCAGCAACAACCCAUUCCUAUGAUGGACAGAAACAAAAAAGAUGAACUACCUAAACUUCAAGUUGGAUUUAUUGACUUUGUCUGUACUUUUGUAUAUAAGGAGUUCUCACGGUUUCACAAAGAAAUCACACCUAUGCUGAAUGGUCUUCAAAACAACAGAGUGGAAUGGAAAUCCCUAGCUGAUGAGUAUGAUGAAAAGAUGAAGGUAAUUGAAGAGAUGAAAAAGCAGGAAGAAGGAAACACGACUGAAAAAGGCAACACAAAGCAACAACUCAGAUUCCCAGACUGGAUAGUUCAGUGGUUCUUUUGAGAACUGAGACAUUAACUGCUGUAGAAGAUUCAGGAGGUGGUGGUGAUGACAAGAAGUCCAAAACAUGUCUAAUGUUGUAAGACAAUCCAACUGGUCUAAAUUACAAAUAUUGUUUCUACAUUUGAAGAAAACAUUAAAAAAGAACAUCAGCAAAUUUCAUUCAUCAAACCAUCAACUAACAGAGACUCUUCAGGAAAGCUAUCCUGUGACUAGCAUAAGAAAAUACACUGCUAGCCUGAAAGCCAUGAGGGUAAAAUAAAGUUCAAAAAAAGUGCAAAAUAAGACAAAGAUAAGUGCAUUUUUGGUGCCAAUUUGUUUUAAAUUAAAAAUAAUAUAAUCCUGAAACUAGUCACCAAUUCUUUUUUUUUAAAGUUCUUAUUAAUUGUAUUCAUUUACUAGGGUUACUAUAACAAAAAACCUGCCCCAUACUGGGUGUCUUAAACAAAAGAAAUUUAUUCUCUUGCAGUUUUGGAGACCAGAAGGCCAAGAUUAAGGUGUUGGCAGGGCUGGUUUCUCGAGAGGCCUCUCUCCUUGACUUGUCAAUGGCCGUCUUCACCUGGUCUUCCAUCUUCUCUCUUGUGUGUCUGUGUCCUAUUCUCCUCUUUUAAGGACACCAGUCAUACUGGAUUAGGACCUACUCAUAUGACCUCAUUUUACCUUAUUAGCUUCAGAUACAGCCACAUUCUAAGGUACUGGGAAUCGGGGUUUCAACAGGAAUUCAGCUGAGACACAAUUCAGCCCAUAACAUGAUUCAUACCUCACAUCCUUUUCUGAACCAGAAAUCUUUACUCAACAUGUCUUAAUGUAAGAGCAAAUACAGUACAGAAUGUAUAAUGUAUGUAAGUACUAUAUAAGGAACAAAGAAAAAGGAUAUUAAAUGUCAUUCCACCUGAAAUGCUUAUCUCUUUCCUCCACUUUUUACUCUUGAUAAUGGAACAGUAAAGACCACUUCACUUCCAGCAGCUUACAAGUAUGUCAUCCUAUGCCCAUCCUUUCUCCCAAGCCUGAAAUCAAUUAUUUUAUGUGUAACUAAUAUAUUAUUACAUUCAGAACUAUUCUUCUCAUUGAUAGAAUUAUCAAUUUAUAAGACAUGACCUAUAUAAUCCUAAUGAAAGUUAAAUCAGCUAAUAAAUAUUAUGCAUUAUUAAGCAGCAUGUGAUUUGACUAUACAAAAGCUUUACUAUGAAAAACAGUUUAAAGGGACUUCAACAGAGGUGACUUUAAAAAAAGUGAUUACUAGAAGUAUCUAUUAGGCAUUCUAAAUAUUGAUUGUCAAGAAAACUAAACAGGACUUCCCUGGUGGUCCAGUAAUAAAGAAUCUGCCUUGCAACGCAGGGUAUGUGGGUUCAAUC